GAAUAAAUGUCUUUUAGACGAAAGCUCCCGAGAAUUUUCGGAAAUUCAUGUCGGACGACUCCUGCCACAGACUAUAUACGCCGGUGCUCGUCCUCGAACGAGAAGAGUGUUUGAAACUGCGAUAGCUUUUCGAGCCUGGUCUGUCUAUCAAAAGUCGCUGCAAUGCCCUCAACCACUACAAAUGGCUUCACGCCAGACAACGCUCAUAUUGUGGCUCGCCUGCAAUCGGCAACCACAUUAGACGGCGCCUUUCGCAUGCACUUGCCACCCGAUAGCCUUACCCAAGCCGGAUUGCAGGUAGGCGAUGUCUGUAGCGUACACGGUGAAGAUGGAACCGUUGGAUACGGAAUCGCUUGGCGAGCUGAUGAUCGCAUGGGGAACCGGCCAAAGGCUCGACCGGUGAAGAUGACUGAAGUGGCCCAAAACGCAUUCGGAUUCAGGGAGAACACCAAGGUGUCUGUAAGGUCGACAAAGGUGAAAAUUCUCACUGCAACGAGGGUGUCUCUAGAAGCAGUCGCCCACGAAGAUGACGGAAGAAGCAUGCUUGACAAUAGUGACCGGCUGUGGAGGCUCAGUCUGAAUACUGACGGAAUCGGUGGACUUGCCGUGCAAUGCGAAUUACUCAACGAAUGCGUGCAACGUGUACUGAAAUCUGCUCCUGGUCAGAGAUUCUCGAAGCCUGCAAUUCUUCUUUACGGUUACUCUGGGACAGGCAAAACCUUGCUGCUCGAACAGUUAGCCAAGUCUCCAUUUCAGAAAGUCAUUCGAGUAGAUCGAAGCAGGUUGAAUGGCGGAUCGAUUGCAAAGAAUCAAUCGAUCAUAAGGGAUUCCUUCGAAGAAGCUAGAAAUAAUCAGCCCUCACUGGUGAUCAUGGACAAUCUCGAGAAGCUGGUUCCUAUCGAUGACGCCGCUUAUGCUACAGAUCUGGCCCGCGAUCUGGCAACGACUUAUGUUUCGCGCGUCAUGGUCGUCGGUGCCACGCGAAAACCUUCAGACCUCACCAACGAAGUGUUGGGGUCGUUCCGCUUUGCAGAAUUGAUUGAAUUUCCCGUACCUGAUCAAGCAGCCCGGGAGCAAAUUUUGACAGUGCUUAGUCGGUCGUGGGCUGUGGAUAACGAAAGUAUCUCUCUGGCAGUCGCGGCACGAACUCACGGCUUCACCUCAGAAAAUCUCGUAUGUUUACAGCAGCAUGCUUGGCACAACGCAUGGCGUCGAGCAGAGCACGAAUGGAAAAGCGACCCGAAAGCAACCGCAGAAGCACCUACAGCCAACAAGAUAGAGGGCUCUGAAGGUCUGCCCGCAGUUUCGUCGGCCCUGCCAGGCCCACUGAUUACCCUCAAAGACUUUGACAAAGCAUUGGCAGAUCGGAAGGUAACACCAGAGGCUCUCCGAGAAUUCCUCGCAGAAAAGCCAAAGAUCCGAUGGGACGACAUUGGCGGGUCAGAAAACAUGAAGGCCAGUUUCGACGAAAUCAUCGGCUGGCCACUCCAGCUCAAAGACACGAUCUCUGCAAUACCAACCUAUAAACCUACCAAAGGCGUCCUGCUCUAUGGGCCACCCGGCUGUUCCAAGACUCUAACAGCGCAAGCCGUCGCCAACACAUACGAUCUCAAUUUCAUCGCCAUCAAAGGCGCCGCAUUGAUCAGCAUGUACGUCGGCGAGUCCGAGCGUGCGGUGCGAGAGGUCUUCGCCAAGGCAAGAGUCGCAGCGCCCUGCGUCAUCUUCUUUGACGAAAUUGAUGCGAUCGGUUCCGAUCGUGACGGAGGCGGCACCAAGGGUUUGAACGUCCUCACUACGCUCCUGAAUGAAAUGGACGGCUUCGAGCCGUUGAAAGACGUCUUCAUCCUUGCGGCCACUAACAAGCCAGAGUCCCUCGAUCCAGCUCUCAUCCGGCCGGGCCGUUUCGAUUCGCAUGUGUAUCUCGGCCCUCCGAAUACGCCUGCUCGCAAGGAGAUACUCAAGAUCGCAACUAAAGGUGCGCCGUCGGACGCGGACUUGGACCCCAUAGCGCUUGAAACCGAGGGAUACUCUGGCGCCGAGAUCGUGCAAAUAGUCCACUUGGCGUCCAGGUCCGCCUUUAGGAGGGAUGAUUUUACCGUCGCUACGAAAAGCACGCCGAGAGGUAUCACGCGGGAGAUGCUCGAGGCUUAUGAAAAGUUUGCUGCCAGAGGUUCGUGA